AUGGGAAAACUAACUUUCUUCCUUGGACUUCAAAUCAAGAAAGUACAGGAAGAGAUCUUUAUUAGUCAAACAAAGUACCCGAAAGAACUCAUCAAAAAGUUUGGUAUGUCUAAUGCAAAGGCCAUAGGAACACCAAUGAGUCCGUCAACUGCUUUGGAUGAAGACAAAAACAGUAAGAGUGUUGAUGAAAUAAUGUAUCGAGGUAUGAUUGCCUCAUUACUCUAUCUUACAACUAGUCGACCAGAUAUUAUGUUUACCGUUUGCAAAUGCGCUAGAUACCCGUUAGCUCCUAAAGAAUAUCACCUGACUGCUAUUAAACGUAUUAUCAGAUAUUUGACAGGGAUAGUCGGCUAUGGUUUAUG